AUGGGGCGCGGGGCUCCCCUCGGACCGCGCCUGCUGCGGGCAGCGCUGCUGCUCGCCCUCUGCCCCGCCGCCGGCAGCACCUGGAUGUGGCUGGGCAUCGCCGCCGUCGGCGGGCCCGAGAAGCUGGGCUGCGCCAGCCCUCCGCUGAGCCGCCGGCAGCAGGAGCUGUGCGAGCAGAAGCCGGAGCUGAUGCCCGCGAUCCGGGAGGGAGCGCGCCUGGGCCUCCAGGAGUGCCGCAGCCAGUUCCGACACGAGCGCUGGGACUGCCGCUCGCCGCCCGCCGCCCGCCGCGGGACCGCCGCCCCCGCCGCCUUCGGGCAGCAGCUCAGCAGCGGCACGAAGGAGACGGCGUUCAUCUCGGCGGUGACGGCGGCGGGCCUCGUGCACGCGGUGACACGGUCGUGCAGCGCGGGCAACAUGACCGAGUGCUCCUGCGAUGUCACCCUGCGGCACGGCGGCUCGGCCAGCGAGGGCUGGCACUGGGGCGGCUGCUCUGACGAUAUCCACUACGGAAUGUCCUUCAGCAGAAUGUUCCUGGACCUGCCUCUCAAGAACAUGACAGGCAAGAGCGGGAGCGGGCUGCUGGCGAUGAACCUGCACAACAACGAGGCUGGGAGGCAGGCAGUAGCAAAGCUGAUGUCUGUGGAUUGCCGUUGUCAUGGUGUUUCUGGGUCCUGUGCUGUGAAAACUUGUUGGAAAACCAUGUCAUCCUUUGAAAAGAUUGGCCGGUUUUUGAAGGAUAAGUAUGAAAACAGCAUACAAAUAUCAGAUAGACUGAAAAAAAAGCUACGCAGGAAAGAGAAAAGCCAGAGAAAAAUACCAAUUGGGAAAGAGGACCUACUGUAUGUGAACAAAUCACCCAAUUACUGUGUCGAAGACCAAAAACUGGGGAUCCCUGGGACUCAGGGAAGAGAAUGUAACCGCACGUCGCAGGGACCCGACGGCUGUAACCUGCUGUGCUGUGGGCGUGGGUACAACACCCACGUUGUCAGGCACGUGGAAAGGUGCGAGUGCAAGUUUGUCUGGUGCUGCUAUGUGCGCUGCAGGAGGUGUGAGACCAUGACCGACGUACACACCUGCAAGUAA